AUGGUUUUCAAAUCAAUCUUUGUUGCUAUGGCUCUAGUACUGGCUCAUCCGGUGCUCCCUGUCCUCGCGUGUGUCAAACGCUCCAAUGACUCAAUGGGCAACGAGUUGGAUUUCCAGCUGGGUAGCGACGCGCCGUCAGAUCCAGCUACCGUGGGCUACCUCCUCAAUCACUUGUCUCUCAACGUUGCAAAUCUCUCAGCGAGCAUAGCAUUCUAUGAGCAAGUUUUUGGGAUGCGACAUAUGUUCACCAUUCAGGUUACCGACCACUACUCUUUUGCCUACAUGGCUCAUAGCCAUGGUGGUCGCAACGGCACUGGUUACCAAACGGCCGCCGAGCUGAACCGCGAGAGGACAAAUAGUGCGGGCAUGAUUGAGUUGUGGAAUCUCCAAGUUCCGCGUCGUGACUUGCCCGAGUCCGGCGACGCCAUCAGCAGGGUAGGGCAUUUUGGCAUGAUUGUGCCCGGUAUCAAGGCAGCCCAAGCUCGCUUCGAUACAUUUCCUGACCUCAAGAUCCUCAAGAGAUACGGAGACCCUUUUCCAACACAGGGGCGAAUCAUAACGGCUAAUAGUCUCUCCGCAUCGUCUCUGGGGCAGCUCGAUGCAGAGGAACGCAAGAAUAUCGCCGACUCGCUCACCUCCUUUCAUCGAACCUUUAUAUUUGCUGAAGACCCUGACGGCAACAUUAUCGAGAUUCAACCUCAGGACUGA